GUUGUUGGUGGCGUGGCGGGGUCCCUGGGAUUGGAAAAAUCGGUGACUCAGGUCCACGGGAAGGUGCCUACCUUACUUGAACAACUGUCCUCCAAUGUCUUUGCUCCUUCACCGUCUUUUUUCCAGUCUUGUCUCUCAACUUGCUGUGCUGCUCUGAAAACAACCAAUCGACCCAAUUGACCCAAUUGAUCCAAUUGACUUGCCCGCACCACCAUGGAGGGCCUCAAGCAGACUUUCCGGCGCUGCAAAGAGCAGAACCGCGCUGCUCUCGUCACCUAUGUCACGGCCGGGUUCCCCAACCCCCAGGCCACUCCCGAUGUCCUCCUGGCCAUGGAGAAGGGUGGAGCAGACAUCAUCGAGCUCGGCGUUCCCUUCACCGAUCCCAUUGCCGACGGACCGACGAUCCAGGCCUCCAACACGAUUGCCCUCCAACAUGGAGUCACGAUCGAGUCGACGCUGCAGAUGGUGCGCGAUUCCCGCAAGCGCGGCCUGCGCGCCCCCAUCCUGCUCAUGGGCUACUACAACCCGCUGCUAAGCUACGGCGAGGACCGCCUGCUGCGCGACUGCAACGACGCCGGCGUCAACGGCUUCAUCGUCGUCGACCUGCCGCCCGAGGAGGCCAUCUCGUUCCGCAAGAUGUGCACGCGCGGAGGGCUAUCCUACGUGCCGCUCAUCGCGCCGGCCACUUCGGACAAGCGCAUGCGCCUCCUCUGCAAGCUCGCCGACUCGUUCAUCUACGUCGUGUCGCGCCAGGGCGUGACGGGCGCCACGGGUACCCUCAAUGCCAACCUGCCGGAGCUGCUGAGCCGCGUCAAGUCGUACAGCGGGGACAUGCCCGCCGUUGUCGGGUUCGGCGUGAGCACCCGUGAGCACUUUGUGUCGGUCGCUCAGAUUGCCGACGGCGUUGUCGUCGGCAGCAUGAUUGUCACGACGCUGCAGAAGGCCGCCAAGGGCGAAGAGGCCAAGUCCGUGCAGGAGUUUUGCUCGUACCUGUGCGGGCGCACCAGCACCGCUGAGGAAGAGGCCACGCGCGAGGUCGGCAUUGUCGAGGCCAUCUCGGGGGCCCGGCAGAACGGCGACGUGUCGGUGGACGACGUCGUCACCGAGGAGACGGAAGACUUUGUCGCCCAGCUGGCGGCGCUCCACGGCAAGAUCCCGGACCGCUUCGGCGAGUUUGGCGGCCAGUACGUGCCCGAGUCGCUGAUGGACUGCCUGUCGGAGCUGGAGGAGGGCUUCAACAAGAUCAAGGACGACCCGGCCUUUUGGGAGGAAUACCGCUCGCACUACCCCUGGAUGGGGCGGCCCGGCCACCUGCACAAGGCCGAGCGGCUGACGGAGUAUGCCGGCGGCGCGAACAUCUGGCUCAAGCGGGAGGACCUCAACCACACGGGAUCGCACAAGAUCAACAACGCCGUCGGCCAGCUGCUCCUGGCCCGGCGCCUCGGAAAGACCAAGAUCAUUGCCGAGACGGGCGCCGGCCAGCACGGCGUCGCCACGGCCACCGUGUGCGCCAAAUUCGGCAUGGAAUGCACCGUCUACAUGGGCGCCGAGGACGUGCGCCGCCAGGCGCUUAACGUGUUCCGCAUGAAGCUGCUGGGUGCCAAGGUGAUUGCGGUCGAGGCGGGCAGCCGCACGCUCCGCGACGCCGUCAACGAGGCUCUCCGCGCCUGGGUGGUGAACCUUGAGGACACGCACUACAUCAUCGGGUCGGCCAUCGGGCCUCACCCGUUCCCCACCAUUGUGCGCACGUUCCAGUCGGUCAUUGGCAACGAGACCAAGGCGCAGAUGCUCGAGCAGCGCGGGAAGCUGCCCGAUGCUGUUGUCGCCUGCGUGGGCGGCGGCAGCAACGCGGUGGGCAUGUUCUACCCGUUCAGCAACGACCCGAGCGUCAAGCUGCUGGGCGUGGAGGCGGGUGGCGAGGGCAUCGACACGCCGCGCCACAGCGCCACGCUGACGGCGGGCACCAAGGGCGUGCUGCACGGCGUGCGCACCUACAUCCUGCAGAACGAGCACGGCCAGAUCGACGACACGCACUCGGUGUCGGCCGGCCUCGACUACCCGGGCGUGGGCCCGGAGCUGUCGCAGUGGAAGGACUCGGAGCGCGCCAAGUUCGUGGCGGCCACGGACGCCGACGCCUUUAUCGGCUUCCGCCUGAUGAGCCAGCUCGAAGGCAUCAUCCCGGCGCUCGAGUCGGCCCACGGCAUCUACGGGGCCAUCGAACUGGCCAAGACCAUGACUAAGGACCAGGACAUUGUCAUUUGCGUCAGCGGCCGCGGCGACAAGGACGUGCAGAGCGUGGCCGACGAGCUGCCGACCCUGGGCCCCAAGAUUGGCUGGGAUCUGCGCUUCUGAGAGAGGAGUGAGCGAGGUGAGCGAGGUGGGCGAGGUGGGCGAGUUGGUGGUGACGCCGCGAGGUUGAAGACUACAUUAUUACAUUCGUCGAUAUGACCGUUUAAACCCGACUCUAUUUCAGCCACAGAUAUGAUGGCCUCAAAUAUAGAGCAAUACAGACCUGUUCCAGGCAA